UUGCUCUACAACUACAAUUACGCUUAACACACCCUUCAACCCACGCUCACGCUCAUCAAUAACUGAUCGGGAACACUCCCAGUCAAAGCGCGCAUCUCAAUGUCUAGAGGAGGUCGAGGUGGUGGGCGUGGUGGACGCGGCGGCGGAAGAGGUGGAAGGCCUAAUGUGCCGUGGGAUACAGGUGAUGAGCCUGAUGCGCGACCCUCUGAGCUGUUUCCUCCAUACCUCGUCCCAACCCCCCGAGAACUAGCCUCGCACGAGAAAUCCGCCGUACAACAUCUCCUACUUCUAAGGCACCAGAUCCACUCCUCUCCUCUAUAUACAUCCAAGCGUACAGCCCUCCACGAUCCGACAGCGCCUCGGAAGCACUAUGGCCAAGCACAGAAGAAUGCUGUCUUUGGUAUUAAGAGCAAGGCUUCUGUAGACCCUUUCACCGCUGUACCCACCUACUCCCACAAAUUCGCCCGUGAGGAGCGCGCUCUUCCGGAUUGGUCCAAUCGCCCAGUUUGCCGCGAGCUUUUCCCUAGCGAACUAUACGAAACUAUCGAUGCUGCAACCACCAACAGGGCCGACAUGCCUGGUGGCUACAAGCGCCGGAAGCUCGAGCUCUCUAGCGUUAGUGCGCUACCAAGCGCAGAGGAAGCUUUCGGUAUGGCAGGCGAUGUUGAAGAUGAGAUGCAGGGCCGAAAUCUCCUCGAACGUCUGCAAGCUCUGAAGGAAGAAGAUGGCGACGAGGCCGGCGACCUAGAAGACGAGGAGGGCAUGGAAGAGGAAGAGCAGGAUGAAGUUUACGAUGAUGAGGACGCGGGAGACUACGAUGCCGAAAACUACUUUGAGAAUGGUGACGAGUUUGGCGAUGACUACGGCGAUGAUGGCGAUGGAGAAGGGACCUUCUAGUCUUAUUAGUCUGUCGAGAAAACCCAAGGAUCUUCAAAAGAGGGAGUUGGAGGGGAAACAGCGAUUACUUGUAUAUACAUCACGGCUCAGCACUGCUUUGAUACCCAGGCCCGCGAUCUUGUGGUCGCGAGGCAAGAUAAUGAACUUUAGGACA